AUGGCAGUUCAAAAUCCUAACAACUGGCACUGGGUUGACAAGAAUUGCAUUGACUGGGCAGCUCAAUGGUGCAAGAGGAAGCUCGUGGGAACCUCUGCGGGCUCCUCCCCUAAAGUCAGCGUUGUGGGGCUGAAGAAACUCGAGGGAGAUGUGGAGGUCUGUCAGCGCAAGGGCAAGAUUUUCUCCAUAUACGACUUGAAGCUAGAGCUUUCUUUUGAGAGUGACAACUCGGAAAAAUCGAAGGGCACCAUUAGCAUCCCUGAGCUUGCCUAUGACACUGAACACGAUGACUUCCAAUUUGACAUCACCUUUGACAAGCCAACGGGCUCUAGCGAGGAGGAUUCUAUUCGCUCGUUGAUUCGCUCAAAUCUUGUGGAGGAGCUUAGAAAGAAGCUGUCUACCUUCACUAACGACUUGAUCAGCGAGAAUGCCUCUGAUAUCCAAGUGGACAAGUCUCAGGUGAAUUCCACUUACACUGCGGCUAACCAAGAAAAGACAUUGACCAAAACAGUGGUGAAGGAAAGCACCACGUUUAACAAAGGAAAUUCCGUGCAAAAGGCAAAAACAACUACCGCAGUUUCAUCUGCCGACUCGUCUCGUGUGCCAAAAUACAACACGUCUGACCUUAAUUUCUCAACCACCUUCAACACCUCGGCAGAACAACUAUACCUCACUCUUUUGGUUCCUGAGAGAGUUGCAGCCUGGACUCGCUCCGCUCCACAAAUUGAACCAAAGGAGGGCACUGAGUUCCAGCUCUUUGGCGGCAACAUCCAAGGUAAAAUUCUAGAAUUGCAAGAAAAUAAGAAUAUUAAAAUGCUUUGGAGACUACGGGACUGGAAGGAAGGUCACUACACAGAACUGCAAUUGACCUUCAAUGAGGGAGCUGGCGAGACAGAAAUGGCUGUCAGCUUCAAAGGUAUCCCUAUCGGGGACGAGGAGUUGGUGCGCAACAACUUUGAAAAUUACUACAUCACCUCGAUAAAAGUCACUUUUGGUUUUGGUGCAGUUCUUUGA